UGAGUAGACGCGCGUCGCGAGAGAGCUUCGCUGCUCAGAGAAGAGAUCAGGUCGAAUCUCAAUACAAAAGUGGAAAAGAGAAAGAGCAAGAUUCAACAACAAGAACGAUUUCCAGAGUGCAGCAACAUCAGAAAAAGAUAUAACAUCAGAAGCAACAACGAGAAGGUGCGGUUAAAAAUGAGCAGCGACGCAGAGGAGAAAGAAGCGCAGCAGAAUAAACCCAAUGGCUGUGAGCGCGCCUUCGUAGAGUACAACAAGAUCAAAUGGUUUUGGGCACCGGCCUUCUUUGGGUUCUGGCUGCUGCUGUACGUGGCCAUCUCUAUUCCGGCCUGCCAUCGGCUGCCGCGCCCGCUGAGCAUCAAGGAUGAGGCCAAGUAUCCGGAUCGAUUCAUUGCGGAGCGGGCGGAGCUCAAUCUGCAGCAGCUAGUGGCGCUGGGACCCCGUGUCGUGGGCAGUAAGGAGAACGAGAUGGGGGCCGUGAAGGUCCUGUCCGGCAGCGUGCAGAAGAUCCGUUCGGGACUGGGCUCCGCCAACGACAUCGAGGUGGAUGUGCAGGUGGCCUCCGGCAGCUACGUCCACUGGACGAUGAUCAACAUGUACCAGAGCAUCCAGAACAUUGUGGUCAAGGUCAGUCCCAAGGGAACCAACAGCACCACCUAUCUGCUGGUCAACAGCCACUACGAUUCGGUGCCGGGUGGACCUGGCGCAGGCGACGACGGUUCCAUGGUGGCCACUAUGAUGGAGACCCUGCGAGUAUUGGCCCAGUCCAAGCAGGCCCUCAAGCACCCUGUUGUUUUUCUGUUCAACGGAGCCGAGGAGAAUCCACUCCAGGCCUCGCACGCCUUCAUCACCCAGCACAAAUGGGCCAAAAACUGCAAGGCUCUCAUCAAUCUGGACUCUGCCGGCAACGGCGGUCGGGAGAUCCUCUUCCAGUCGGGCCCCAACCAUCCCUGGCUUAUGAAGAGCUAUCGUCGCGCCAUCAAGCACCCGUACGCCUCCACCAUGGCCGAGGAGAUGUUCCAAAACAAUUUUAUUCCCUCUGACACGGACUUCCGCAUCUUCCGCGACCACGGCGCGGUGCCCGGCCUGGAUAUGGCUUACCAGUACAACGGUUAUGUGUAUCACACCCGAUUUGACCGCCCGGAGAUCUUCCCCCGCGGCAGCUUCCAGAAUACUGGCGACAACCUGCUGGCUCUAGUGCGGGAGAUUGCCAACUCCCAGGAGCUGGAGGACACCUCGAAACACGCCGAGGGCCACACCGUCUACUUCGAUGUGAUGGGCUGGUUCCUGGUCUUCUACACCGAGACGGAGGGCAUCAUAUUGAACGUGAUUGUGUCGCUAGUGGCCAUCGGAACCUGUUUGUAUGCCUUCAAGCUGAUGGCCUCCAACUCGGGCAUCAAGCUGGAGAAGAUCUUCAAACGGGUGAUGCACACCUUCGUGGUCCAGCUCUUUGCUGUGAUUACCGCCGUCACGCUGACCGUAUUCCUUGGAUGGUUCAUGGAUCUGGUGCACCUGCCGAUGUCCUGGUUCACGCACUCAUGGCUCAUCCUCGGGCUCUACUUCACCACCUUCAUCUUUGGCCUGGCCAUAGUGCCUGCCCUGUACUAUCACUACACCCAGCAUGACAAACUGCCCAUUGGACAGCGGGUCCAGAUGCUGCUGCACUGUCACUGCCUCUUCCUGGCCAUCUUCACCAUAGUGCUAACCAUCUGCGGCGUCCGAUCAGUUUUCGUCCUGAUGCUGUCCUGUUUGUUUUACACAAUGGCCCUCAUCAUUAAUCUGGCCACCAAGCUGCACAGCAAAGAUGUGGCCUGGGUUAUUCCACACAUCAUAUGCGGAGUGCCUCCAUUUGUGUUUUUCGCCUACUUCUCGCACGGAUUCUUCCUCACCUUCAUUCCCAUGUUCGGCCGCUUUGGAGAGAAUGUUAACCCGGACCUGGUGGUUGCCGUCUUCAGCAUUGCCGUGGGUCUCCUCACCUGCGGCUUCAUUGUGCCCGUACUGCAUCUGUUCCGCAAGUCGAAGACCAUUAUUUGCGCCCUCCUGGCCAUCACGUUCGUUUGCGUGAUCAUUGCAAUAACGCCAAUGGGAUUCCCCUACCGACCAGAGACAAGUGUUCAGCGAUUCUCCGUGCUGCAUGCCAAGCGGACCUUCCAUGAUGCCGAUAACAAAGUGCGUCGCCAGGAAUCGGGCUACUUCAUCAUGCCCCAAGAUAGACGUACCUACUCCGUCAAACAUGAUGUCAUUAAUAUGACACUGGCUCAGAAAAUCGGCGACGAUUGCCAGAAGGAGAUGAUGUGCGGUCUACCCUUGUACAACCAGCGCUGGCACAAGACUAGACAGAACACCUUGUGGAUACCUGCCUCCGAGCCAUUGCUGGGCAGUGUGCCGGCCGUCAAAGUGAUCAGCAAGAAACAGGUGUCUCCCAGCAAGAUUCGCUACGAACUCCAGUUGAGCGGACCCGAUCAUAUGGCGCUGUUCAUUCAGCCCUUGAACGGAGCUAUCAUGAAGGACUGGUCCUUCCAUCAGGCUCCACUGCGACUAAGCUUUCAGCCUCCUUACUUUAUCUACUUCUCGUGGGGCGUCAAUGGAGAUCCCCUUAACUUCUGGCUUGAGCUUGAGAAACCCAAGGGAGACUUCAAAACGCCCACAUUUGAGCUGGGCCUGGGCGGCCAUUGGACCCAUCACAAGGAGAUGUUGACGCCAGACUUUAAAAAGUUCCUCGACAGUUUCCCCAAGUAUGUGGAUGCCACCCCUUGGCCGGCAUCUUAUGAGACCUGGAUCUACUAAGAAUCGGGAAUUAAUUGUUUAAAAUAAAUGUACUUUUAAUUAAAGACAACACAUAAAUGUUAAACAAUA